CUUUUGAGGAUUUAAAUGAAAAUGCUGGUCAUGUUUUAUUUACUCCUGUUGCUCAGAGGCAGCUAUCUAACAAGUGGUUACAAUUUUGUGGUAAAAACUGCUAAUGCUAGGGAAAAUGUAACAAUGAAAUGUCCUCGCUCACCAUCCACUCAAUCCAAAAGUUUGUUUUGGGUAAAAUUUUCUUCCGUGAAGUGGCCUGAAUUUCUUGGACAAACAAUAACCUUGGAUUAUGACAAGGUCACCAAAACUCGCCACCUAACAUCAAAACAAGAGGAAGGAACAUUUAUUCUGCAUAUUAAAGAAACUCAGCAGAACGACACUGGACUUUACUACUGUAUUAAAGUUGAAGCUGAUCUAAAGCUGAUAUUCGUGAAUGGAAUUUUUCUCAAGAUCAAUGGACCAGAACCAGAGGUCUCUACUGUAACUCAAGAGCAGCUACCUGAUUCACUCCGUCCAGGAGAGUCAGUAACAUUACAGUGUUCAGUUUUCUUUCACUGUAAGAGGAAAAACUGUCCAACUUAUCACAGAGUGCAUUGGUUCAAAGCUGGCUCAGAUGAGUCUCAUCCCAGUCUUAUCUAUGUCGAUGGGAAAAGUGGAAAAGAUUGUGAUGGGAGUCCUGAGGCACACACAUGUGUGUAUAGGUUCUCCAAAAUGGUCAGCCACUCUGAUGCUGGAACAUAUUACUGCGCUGUGGCCACAUAUGAAGAAAUUGUUUUUGGAAAUGGAACUAAACUGAAAAUUCAAGAACUAAGGGAUUUUUGGCGGUCCAAAACUACUCUGUCGUUAUGCGUCGCCGUGGCUUCAUGUCUGGUUGUCAUUUUGUGCCUGGUUUACAUUACGAAGAAGAAAACUUGUUUUUCCUGCAAUGAUGCCAUCAGAGGACAUGGAGCUCAGCAUAAUGAAGGGAAAAAUGAACAGUCUUUGGUCUAUUCUGCGCCAAACUUCACCAAGGGCAAAGGUGGAAAAGCAGAAAGAAGAAAAGUAAAUGCAACUCAUGACGAGACAGUCUACACAAGCGUCAUUAAAUAAGUCAGAAGGUCGUCUUUGUUUUGUCUACACUCGUAGACACGUUUUAGUGUAUAAGUUUAGAGCCUCAUUUUACACCAUUUG